ACGACCUUCACCUUGACUGAGCGCUCUUCAACUCGCUCUUCAAAACAACACAACCGAGAAACUCACAAGGACAUCGAGUACGUGAGACUCUCUUGGUCUCUUUCCGGUAACUUUCUGUUUGAAAUUUACCCACAGGGAGCAAUGUUUAAGGCACAAAAGUUCUGUGUCUUUUCGAGAAGCUGUAUCAAAAAUGUGUGGUCCAGAUAUCGGACAGAAAAGCUUGCUGGCGCCGUACGAUCCACACAAGUUGUGCGCCAUAGUUCAACUAUUGACUUACUCCAUCCAAAACAUGACGACUUUUCGGAGCGACAUAUCGGUCCUGGUAAUGCCGAGAAGAGAGCUAUGCUUGAUUUCCUCAAGCUGAAGGAUGUCGACGACCUCAUUGAUCAAGCAGUACCAAGCAACAUACUACUGGACAGGCCAUUACAACUGGACCCACAGCUAGGUGAGCUGGAGCUGAUUGAGAGACUGUAUCACAUUGCUGGUAAGAAUGACGUGUGGAGAAGUUACAUCGGGAUUGGUUACUACAAUACCUAUACACCACACACCAUCCUCAGGAACAUGUUUGAGAACCCAGGAUGGACAACUCAGUACACGCCGUACCAGGCUGAGCUGGCCCAAGGCCGACUAGAGUGCCUCCUGAACUACCAAACAAUGGUCUGUGACAUGACCCGUCUACCUGUGGCAAAUGCCUCUCUCCUGGACGAGGCCACCGCAGCAGCUGAAGCCAUGGGGCUCUGCUACAGACAUAACAAACGUCGAAAGUUUUACAUAGACCGGAAAUGUCAUCCACAGACUAUAGGUGUUGUAGAAACAAGAGCUAGUGCCCUAGGUAUAGAGGUUAAGAGAGUUGACUGGAGUGAGAUGGAUCUGUCCAAUCGUGAUGUGUGUGGGGUGCUGAUCCAGUAUCCAGACACGGAUGGAAGUGUAUUUGAUCACACAGAAUUGGUGGUGAAGGCCCACGCUAAUGGGACCCUUGUGGUGUGUGCCACAGAUUUGCUGGCUCUGACCAUCUUACGACCCCCGGGGGAGUUUGGAGUGGACAUUGCCGUUGGGUCAAGUCAGAGGAUGGGUAUCCCCAUGGGCUACGGCGGGCCGCAUGCAGGGUUCUUCUCCACGCGUAACAGAUUCAUGCGGCUUAUGCCCGGGAGGAUGAUCGGAGUCACCAGGGAUGCCAAGGGAAACGAUGCCUACAGGCUGGCCCUACAGACGAGAGAGCAACACAUCCGACGAGACAAGGCCACCAGUAAUAUCUGUACCGCCCAGGCUCUCCUGGCCAACAUGUCAGCAAUGUAUGCUAUAUACCACGGGCCAGACGGACUGAAGCACAUUGGGAAACGUGUUCACAACGCCACACUUAUACUUGCUGAAGGAAUAAAGAAAGCAGGCCACAACCUCAGGACAGAAAUGUGUUUUGAUACACUACGAUUCAUGCCAAAGAAUGGACAAGCUGAAAUACUUCACAGAGCUAGUGUGAAAGAAAUCAACCUUCGGUACUAUGGAGAUGGACACGUGGGCGUUUCCCUAGAUGAGACAGUUGAGAGGUCAGACCUGAAGGACCUUCUGGAGAUCAUAGGUUGUCGAGAUUCAGCGGAGUCGCUUGCUGAAGAAUUAGGUCCGGAGCCGUCUACCAGUAUCAGGAACUCCCCUUACAGAAGGACUAGUACCUUCCUACAGCAUCCAGUAUUCAACAGAUACCAGUCAGAGACGAACAUUGUACGAUACAUGAAGUACCUAGAAAACAAAGAUUUAUCACUGGUCCACUCCAUGAUUCCACUCGGGUCCUGUACCAUGAAGCUCAAUAGUACAACAGAAAUGAUGCCCUGCUCCUGGAAUGAGUUUGCCAACAUCCACCCUUUUGUACCCCUGCCCCAGACAGAGGGCUACAGGGAAAUGUUUAUGGAGUUGGAGAGAGACUUGUGUGAAAUCACUGGUUAUGAUAAAAUCUCGUUCCAACCAAACAGUGGUGCCCAGGGGGAGUAUGCUGGUCUGAGAGCUAUCAUGGCGUACCUACAGGCUAACGGACAGGCACAGAGAACAGUUUGUCUGAUUCCUGUGUCGGCUCAUGGCACCAACCCUGCCAGUGCCCAGAUGGCCGGCAUGAAGAUCCAGCCCAUCAAUGUCGACAAAAAUGGUGCUGUCAACAUGGAGCACCUCUCAGCCAUGACUGAAAAGCACAAGGAUACCCUGGCCUGCCUAAUGGUCACCUACCCGUCUACAAAUGGCGUGUUUGAUAAAGAUAUAAGGGAGAUCUGUGAUAUGAUCCACCAUUACGGGGGACAGGUAUACCUGGACGGAGCCAACAUGAACGCCCAGGUUGGAAUCUGCCGCCCAGGAGACUAUGGAUCUGAUGUGUCUCACUUGAACCUCCACAAGACUUUCUGUAUCCCUCAUGGUGGAGGAGGGCCGGGGAUGGGACCUAUAGGGGUGAAGAAGCACUUGGCGCCGUACCUCCCCACCCACCCUGUGAUUCCGCCGUACGGUACCACCGGUCCCGAGGCCAAGUCCUUUGGAGUUGUGUCUGCUGCUCCCUUUGGGUCCAGUGCCAUCCUGCCCAUUUCCUGGGCCUACAUUAAGAUGAUGGGAGCCAAGGGUCUGCGACAUGCCUCGGAGAUAGCCGUCCUCAAUGCCAAUUACAUGAGCGCCAGGCUAGAGGGUUAUUACAAGACGCUGUACAAAAAUGAAAACGGUCUUGUUGCCCAUGAAUUUAUCCUUGAUUGCCGCGAGUUCAAGAAAACAGCUAAUAUCGAAGUGAUGGACGUUGCCAAACGACUACAGGACUAUGGGUUCCACUCCCCCACAACUUCCUGGCCUGUGGUGGGGACCCUCAUGAUCGAGCCAACAGAGUCGGAAGACAAGGAGGAGCUAGACAGAUUCUGUGAUGCUCUAAUAGCUAUUAGAAAAGAAAUCCAGAUGAUUGAGGAAGGAAAAAUUGAUUCUCGAAAUAACCCUUUAAAGAAUGCACCACACAGUCAAGCAGUUGUCAUGGCGACACAGUGGGAUUUCCCCUAUACCAGGGAGGUGGCUGCUUUCCCAUUGCCCUAUGUCCGACCAGAAUCAAAGUUCUGGCCAACUGUGAGCCGUAUUGAUGACAUUUUCGGUGACCAGAACCUGGUUUGUACCUGCCCACCAAUGUCCAGCUAUGAAUCGCCCUUUGUAGACGAACUGAAAAUGGAGAAGGUUUCUCAAUGAGGACGGAGUUCGGGGAAACAGAGCACUUUCAGUAUACUAAAGAUCCUUGAAAAAGACAAGUCAUAAUGAAAACAGUGAGAUCUGGACUAUUAUUCUGAAAGAAAAAGGUCUGAGAAAACCAUUUAUUUCCACUAAUUAAACAGAUGUUAUUGCUAUAACAUAGAUCUAGACUAUAGGCGUUCACAAAUUUAGCUAGAAUUUCACGGUAUUCGUGUCUUUAGUGUAUUAACAACGUUCUGCCGAUUCAGCUUUUAAAUACAGAUUAAUCGAACAUUAUUUUGUUUAUUUGAUUAAUUUAAACAAGGUUUGGCUGUUCAGAAUAUAAAUCUUUGAAAAUUAAGUUAAAGUCAGAAGUAGGUUGUAUAUAAUACCUGUUUGACUGGCAUGGAUACAGUCAGACUUGUGUGUGUAUGAGGGCGUGGAUAUCCACCUGUUUGAGGUGUGGGUACUCUGCCAGCUUGAGUAAGAGGGUGUGUGGAAACUCCGUCUGGCCUGUGUGUGAGGGCGUACAACUAUUACGACCUAUAUCAUGCUUCAGAGCAAGGAUGUAUAUGAAUCUGCUGAAAUACAUUUUACUUAUUUAGAAUAAGAAAAUAAUAUAUAUUUAAUACCUAAGUAUUCCAUCAUGCAUGCAUCAGGUUUAUAUUGGUGGUUUUAUUUGUGUUAGCGGUUAUUAUAUUUGGACGAAAUAUGCAAGGUGCUCUAAUUUCUUCUGAUUUGUAUUUUUUCUUCAUUAUUGUUCAUGACCGAAAAGUUAAAUAUUUAUAAAGCAAGAAGCAAAAGUAAAGUUAGCACAUAGCUGAAUAGUAACUAUCUAGUUCAACUGAUCCAGAUGAUGUUAGCACACAGCUAAAUAAUAACUAUCUAGUUCAACUGAUCCGGAUCAUGUUAGCACACAGCUAAAUGCAUACUUUGUGGUAGUACAGCUAAUCUGAGUGAUGAUAGUACAAAGCUAAAAGCAAAUUAAUCUGAGGGGUGUUAGCUCACAGCUGAAGGCCUAUUGUUUAGUACAGCUUAAUCAUCCGAGUGAUUUCAGCACACAGCUUAACAGUAUAGAAGUUAGCUCACACUAAACAGUAUAUAUCUAGUGCAACUUACCCGAGGGAUGGUAGCACACACUAAACAGUAUAUGUCUAGUGCAACUUAUCUGAGUGCUCUUAGCACACAGCUAAACAGAAUAUCUCUAGUGCAACUUAUCUGAGUGAUGUUAGCAAACAGCUAAACAGUAUUAAUGUUAGCAUGCCGUUUACCAGUAUAUACACAGCUGAAAGUGGAUUAUAAGGGAUGAAGUUUUUCCUCACAUGUCAGUUUCUCCAUUCGUUAUGCAUCUUGUUACAGACAUUUUAUCUAUGUGUACCAGUAUAUACACCGGUUUUGUAAAUAUUCCAUAUUUGAUGACUAUUUAUGUUACUAUCAAAUGAACCACUGAAGAACCUCUGUGUUUUAUGGUCUGUGUCACCUCCUCCAGUCCUGCGUUUAUUUAUUGUUUGUUUAUCCUAUGGUAUUUAUGAUAAACAAUCAUCCACAUUACCACAAACAGAUCUGGGUUGCGUGACUGGUUGUGAGAAGGAACAGCUUAUGGUAGUUAAUCUCAGAUGACAGAACACUUAAGUUACAAUGUUAUUGUGUGAUGCCACUGUACGAAUUGCUUCAAGUAAAUAUUGUGUCAAAGUGAUUUUUGAAGAAUAUUUUCCUGCAGGUCCUGAGCCUCAUUUUCCAAAUUGCUAUGAGUUCCAUUACUAAGAGAUAUAGCGGACUCUCUAAACAUUGGUGGACCCCUACAGGAACAGCAUGAGUCUAUAACUCAAUUAUGCUAGUCACAAAAACCACAGGUAGCCAUGUAAACAUGAACUCCACACCUCUUGGAUUUCUGGUUUAUUUUUUAUAUGGUUGAAUGAACAUUUUCGUGCAGUAAAUUCCAAUCAAACUGAUCCAAGGUAAGAAAGAGGACCGCUCGGACCCAGUUUACAUAACUGUGUAAUUCCUUUAAUGGUUAACAGUUUAACAGGUAUGAUGCCUUUAGGGUUAUAAGUAUACCUGUACUAAAGCAAGGUUAAGAUAAAGUAGAGAAUCAUUAUAAAUUAUAAUACCAAACCUUUAUAACACUGUGUCUGAUUGGAUGAUACUGGUCACAUGACAGGGUAAUAAAUCAUCAUGUCGACCUCACAUGCUGAAGUUUCCCAGAUCAUAUUUCUCUUACUCGGAACCUCUCUAGAAAAAUCGUCAAGAGACACUUUGUGAAACGCUAUUAACCCUUUCACCCCUAUGUAACUUCAGUAAACUCUUCUAUGCAUUGAUCUAGAUGAGCCCAUUAUGGUCUACAGUGGUGAACGGGUUAACUUCGGAGAAACAAAGAAUCCUGUUUCCCCUUCAAUAAGGGCAUUAAGGUUUAUUUAACAGUGAUACACACUUCAUACAAACAUCAGCUUCUCUACACAGUUAUCUGGACAUGUAUAUUGUAUAAUGUACAUGUAUAUAAUGUAUAGAAUAUAUCUUGAGUGUAUAUGAGUGUAGAAAAACUGAAAUUUACAUUUAUUGUAUUAUGUACAUGUAAAUAAUAUAUAUUGUGUAUGUGACAGUGUGAAGUAACUGAAUUUUACAUAUAUUAUGUACAUGUAUAUGAUUUCGUAUAUGUCACGGUGAAAGGUAACUGAACUUUUUGUGAAAACUGUAUAAAGAACUAGUUUUAAUACUGUAGAAAUGUUAGACAUUGGACACCUGAGAACCAGACACUUUGGACGGGUAUAAAAAAUUGUGAUGGAUUUAUAAUUUUAAGGAAAAUACCUAGUAUUUGUACUACUGUUAAUUGUCUUCAGUGUGACCCCAUUCUAUGUUACACCUGUUUGUUUUAUUAUGUUUACACAUUGAUAAAUGUAUUAGAUACAUUGUCAUAUUCCUGUAGGUGUUAUGUAUAUAUAACUGAUGUAUAUAACACAUGUAUUAAUAUAUCUUUUUAAUUGUCCUUCUGAUUUGAGAUUUUUUUUAUUAUCAUUUCCUAUGCAAUAGUUUUGACCAAACCAACACUUUUUUUCCUGAUCUGAUUUCUAUUUUUCCAGUGUUUUGUCUCUUACAUAAUUCAUGCUUUCAAACAUGGGAUCUGAAUGAUUUUUCGUCCAUUGUUGAAGUAUUUCUCAACAUUUGUCUGAAUAUUGGAGUUCUUACGUUAAUGGGGGUCGUUGUUGAACACGUUAAGAACUGGAGUAUUUUGUUUCCUAUGCGGUCUGAACAGGAUACUACUGAUUCUACUGUUCUGUUUGAAAUAUGAUCUCUGACAUUAUUCGUCAAAUGGAAAAUGUAUCAAAAUGUGUUGCAUGAAGAGGGAUUAGAAAGCAUUAUAUCCUCUCAUUAUAUUUUUCCAAUUUCACUGAAAUGAAUUCACCAACAGAUUUCCAGUCCUGACAAAGAAAUCCUGUAAAUUUUUCUGAAAUAAUUCAAAUAUUUAAAAAACUUUAAAACUCAAUGUAUCUAAGAGGGUCUAGUGGAAAUGCCACUUUAACACCAUGAAGGGAGACAAUUCAUUGAUGCAUUGUGGCCAUGUUUAAAUUUUGAUUUGAAUAAUUCAUUUGUUUAAAACAUUAUUCUAAACAUUUUCCACUGAUGUAUGUCUGAACAGUGCAGAGUUACACCCCUUUACACAGUAAAAUCUUCCAAGUAUGUUUUCCUCUGAUUUAAUGCUAUUAAUACAAACAGUGCUUAUAUUGUGUUAAAAGCCUGGUUCAGGCGAGGUGCCCCUGUUAUAGCAGCUUUUAUUUCAUUUGUAUAUGUUUAGGAGUGGACACAUACCUAGAAAUCUAUACUAUACAUGUUGUCUUGGGCAUGUGGUCCAGUAUGACAUGUCUUUCUGAUGACGUCAUGAAUUUUAAGUUUCGUUUGAGAAGUGAUGAAGAUAAAAUGACAUCACAAUGUUUUUCUCCGAUAAUAAAUGCAUUUGAUCUCCUAAA